AGAUUUCUCGAAGUCAAACGAAAACACACAUGGACUUCAGGCAACUAAGGCCCUUGCAAACAUCUUUAUAAAUACAAAGAUCCAUUUCGACAUUUGGGGAGCUGAAACUUGCAUUGUAUUCAAACUUUCUUCUGCCAUUUGAUUUCCUUGCCCGGUUUCUGCAAUUCACUGCAGUCCACACAGCUAUGGGAACUCAAGCUCCGACUCACCAGGACUCAUUCGACCGCGCUAACAUUGAAGAGAAAUUAGCGAAGCAGAAGGCUAUUGAUGACUGGCUUCCGAUUACUUCAUCGAGGAAUGCAAAAUGGUGGUAUUCAGCUUUCCACAAUGUCACUGCCAUGGUUGGAGCUGGUGUUCUCAGUCUCCCUUACGCCAUGUCAGAGCUUGGAUGGGGUCCUGGGGUGGUCGUGCUAGUCCUAUCAUGGAUCAUCACUUUGUACACACUAUGGCAAAUGGUUGAGAUGCACGAGAUGGUACCUGGGAGACGGUUUGAUAGAUACCAUGAACUUGGUCAGUAUGCCUUCGGUGAAAAACUUGGUCUCUAUAUCGUGGUUCCCCAACAACUUAUAGUUGAGGUCGGUGUGAACAUAGUGUAUAUGGUCACGGGUGGAAAAUCGUUGAAGAAGUUCCAUGAUACAGUCUGUCCAGAUUGUAAAAGCAUCAAAUUAACGUACUUCAUUAUGAUUUUUGCCUCUGUUCACUUUGUGCUCUCCCAUCUCCCCAACUUCAACUCCAUCUCAGGUGUCUCUUUGGCCGCAGCAGUCAUGUCCUUAAGUUACUCUACCAUUGCUUGGGGAGCUUCUGUUGACAAAGGUGUUAAGCCAGAUGUGCAAUACGGCUAUAAAGCCAAGUCUACUUCUGGAACAGUCUUCAACUUCUUUAAUGCCUUGGGUGAUGUGGCUUUUGCCUAUGCUGGGCACAAUGUGGUACUCGAGAUCCAAGCGACUAUCCCGUCUACACCUGAAAAGCCGUCCAAAGGGCCCAUGUGGAGAGGAGUCAUUGUUGCCUAUAUAGUUGUGGCUUUGUGCUACUUCCCUGUUGCCCUUAUUGGUUAUUGGAUGUUCGGAAAUUCCGUAGACGAUAAUAUUCUCAUCUCAUUGAAGAAGCCUAGGUGGCUUAUCGCAAUGGCUAACAUGUUUGUCGUCAUCCAUGUUAUUGGAAGCUAUCAGAUAUAUGCAAUGCCAGUGUUUGACAUGAUAGAAACUGUAUUGGUAAAGAAAUUGCAUUUCAAGCCAAGUGGUAUUCUUCGUAUUGUUUCACGCACUGUAUAUGUGGCAUUUACUAUGUUCGUCGCCAUUACCUUCCCUUUCUUUGGGGGUCUUCUUGGAUUUUUUGGAGGGUUUGCGUUUGCCCCAACUACAUACUUUCUCCCUUGCAUCAUGUGGCUUGCCAUAUACAAACCAAGGAAGUUCAGCUUGUCUUGGUGGGCUAACUGGAUCUGCAUCAUACUUGGCGCUCUUUUGAUGAUUGUAUCACCUAUUGGAGGGCUGAGGACUAUCAUUAUUCAAGCCAAGAAUUAUGAAUUUUACUCUUAAGGCAUCCCCCUAGCCAAAGAAGUAUUGGGUUACUGCACAUACAAUCUUUAGAGAUAAAAGGGAAGCCAAUGAUAUUGCCAAACUAAAUGUUUCGACUGCGUUUGGUAGUCAUUGUGGCACUAAUAGGUUGUUGUCAGAAUAUGAAGUAUUGAUACAAUGCUAUAUCGUGCUGUCUGUGGAGAAGGAAAUUCUGGGCGUAGAACCGACUCAAAGGGGAACUUCUACAGGCCUUGCAUUGUUUUCUUUGUCAUUUUGCUUUGUAUACAUGGGUAUCACCCAUCUCGUUGUGAUCAUUAUGCUUUUCAAAGUUGGUAUAGGUGUUUCGUGCUUGCUGAAUGCAAUUAUGUAUGAGAGAAGGAAUUUGUGAAGUCAUUAUAGCUUAUGGACCUGGUGUCUUCUUGCUUUCUUGCA